UGGGGUCUCUAGCUUGGGAUAUUAAUUGCGCAGUUGCUGCCUUUGAUCGACCUGGUUGGGGACUAAGUUCAAGGCCGUGUCGGGAGGACCGAGAAGCAAAGGAAUUGCCUAAUCCUUAUAAGCUUGAUAGUCAGAUUGACCUGCUUUUAUCAUUCUGUUCUGAGAUUGGAUUUUCGUCAGUGGUGUUAAUCGGUCAUGAUGAUGGAGGAUUGCUUGCUCUUAUGGCUGCACAAAGAGUUCAAACAUCAAUGAGUUUUCAUAAUGCUGCUGAAUAAUCAAGGUUACUGGAGGAAUUUGGAAGUGAGGGCAGAAAGCUUCCUCCUAAAGAAGAGUCACAGACUUUUGAUUCAAAUGUAAUCACGCCUGGAACUGAAUUCAUGGUUGUUUUAUCAAUUGCACUUCAGUACUAUGUGCAUCUUAGGCUGAACAAUAACCCUGGUUGGAAAAAUAUCAAGGUUAUUCUUUCUGAUGCAAAUGUUCCUGGUGAAGGGGAGCAUAAGAUUAUGUCCUAUAUUCGCCUUCAAAGAAAUCUUGAAGGAUAUGAUCCGAAUACACGACAUUGCCUGUAUGGUUUGGAUGCUGAUUUGAUUAUGUUGGGUCUGGCUACCCAUGAAAUCCAUUCUUCAAUUCUUAUAGAGAACCCGGCUCUGAAUUCCUACCCACUGGAGCUCGAGGUGUUUGUCGACAAGCGGAUGCUUCUUAAAGUUGAAGUUACUUAUGCCAAGUUGUACCGUAAUUGACGUGGUUAUACCGUGAAAAAAGUAACCGACGAUGAGGAUAUUAUUAACCAGUUUCAAUUUUAGCCGUUUUCCUUCCAUACUACAAGAAACUUCCAUGUGUGAAGAUUGAGGGUGCUAAGUAACUGUUCAUGAGCAUCUUUCCUUUGUUCCUAAUAAGUGUGCUUGGUCGUGUCUUGCUAUUUCCGUGUCUUAUUUGUACUUGCAAUUUG